CAUAAACACAAAACACAACAUCAUUCACCAAACAUCGUCAUCAUCUACAACAAACAAAUGCAACAAAAAAUCAAUUAUAGAAGACAUAACAAUAAACAUUGUAAGAACAAAUGAUCACCACCCAGCAACGCACGGCGCCACAAAGUAGCUUUAGACGUUCAAUCAUUUAUUUGUUCAUCACCAUGAUUUUGCUUUACAUCCUAUACCCUAAUCUCUUGUUGACCGACAAUGACCGUAACAAAAGCUACCCUACCACCACCAAUCUCUCCACCAAAGUCGAAUCAUCGUCGAACCAUUCCUCGGUUACCGAAUUAUCUACGACGAAGAAGGUUGUCGAGAAGGAGCCAUUAGAGAGCACGAGGCCGGCACCGGCAGUAGAGAUGAUCGAGCAGUCCCUCGGGAACUACCACCGGUAUGACACGCAGCUCAAACACAUUGCGUUCGGGAUAGCGGCGUCGUCGAACCUAUGGGAAACUCGAAAAGAGUACAUCAAAGCAUGGUGGAGGCCUCAAGAGACUAGGGGUGUAGUGUGGGUGGAUAAGAAUGUGAGGACAAGGAGGAAUGAAUCGUUGCCGGAGAUUAGGGUCUCUCAAGACACUUCAAGGUUCAAGUACUUAAACCGGCAAGGAUCCCGGUCGGCGUUGCGGAUAACGAGGGUGGUCUCGGAGACACUUAAGCUAGGGAUGAAGGACAUAAGGUGGUUCGUGAUGGGGGAUGAUGAUACGGUCUUCAUUGUCAACAAUGUGGUGAGAGUGCUGUCUAAAUAUGACCAUACACAGUUUUAUUAUCUUGGGAGUGCAUCAGAGAGCCAUAUUCAGAACAUAUUCUUUUCAUAUGCAAUGGCAUUUGGUGGGGGUGGGUUUGCAAUAAGCUACCCAUUGGCUAAAGAAUUGUCAAAGAUGCAAGAUAUGUGCAUCCAAAGGUAUCCAGCUUUAUAUGGAAGUGAUGAUAGGAUUCAAGCUUGCAUGGCCGAGCUUGGGGUGCCCCUCACCAGGGAACUUGGUUUCCAUCAGUACGAUGUGUAUGGAAAUUUGUUAGGGCUCUUGGGAGCUCAUCCAGUGACUCCAUUGGUAUCACUCCACCACCUAGAUGUAGUGGAACCUAUCUUUCCCGGGAUGAAACGACCAAAAGCGAUCUCGCACCUGCUAGAAGCAGCAAAGGAGGAUUCGGCGAGCUUGAUGCAACAAUCGAUAUGCUACGAUUCAACGCGGUACUGGUCGAUCACGGUGUCUUGGGGCUACGUGGUUCAAAUCUUGAGGGGAGUCAUGUCCCCUAGAGAGCUUGAGAUGCCUAGUAGAACUUUUCUCAAUUGGUACAAGAGAGCUGAUUACACUGCCUAUGCAUUCAACACUAGGCCUGUUGAAAGGCACCCUUGCCAAAAUCCCUUCGUUUUCUACAUGAGUAAGGUGAAGUAUGAUCGUCCUCGGAGGCAGACAAUCGGAGUCUACUACCGUCAUAAAAAGAAAAGUCGCUACUGCCGGUGGAGAAUGGCCUCACCAGAGAGACUCGAUUCCGUCGUAGUUCUAAAGAAGCGAGAUGAUCUUCGAUGGAAAAAGUCACCAAGGAGGGACUGUUGCAGAGUUCUUCCAUCAGAUAAAAACACAACAAUGAUUUUAUCAGUUGGAAAUUGCAGAGAAGGUGAAAUCAGUGAGUUGCAAACGAAAAAGGAAUCGUUGGUAGCUCAGAUGUAACUCCAUACAGGCUGAGAGAAAAGCGAAAAAAGAAAAAGAAAAAUAGACCCACAAAAUAGCAGUCAUUGAAACGAGUCUACUCUCAUACAUGGAUUCAUGUUUUUCUCUCUUUCUCUCUUUCCUCUUUGAUGAUGUCUAAUAUGUGUAACUUUCAGUUCAAACAAAUCAACAACACUUAUAUCUUUUUUCCUUA